AUGGACACGUUGAGGCGAGCGCUGGGGCUUCGGCGCCCAGUGGCCCACAGCGAAAACAGCAUGUUGAUGAAGGAUCUAAACGAGCAAGAUACCCCCCAAGUGACGAAUGUAAAGGCAGAGGAUUACCCCAUCCCGCAGAAAUAUCUUGAAGACCCAGAAAAAAUACCGAAGUAUUACGUCUUCCAGUCCAACAUGGUCACAGAUGAAGAUCUGCAGCCUGGGAUGUUACGGCAGUUAGAAGUUGACAGAAGAUUAACGCUCCCCACGAGGACCCAUAUUUCCUUUCUGGUGACGGCCACGGACGUUAUCCAUUCGUGGGCCAUCCCGAGCCUCGGCAUUAAGGCGGAUGCCAUUCCAGGUCGCCUACACAAAGUGACGACAUUUAUAUUGAGGGAGGGUGUCUACUACGGCCAAUGCUCCGAAAUGUGCGGCACUCUCCACGGGUUUAUGCCCAUCGUCGUAGAGGCAGUGUCGCCUGAGGCCUACGCCGCGCACGCGAAGAAGUACUACAGGGAUUAG